UUUUGUGAAUAUGCAUUUAAAAAGAUCAAUCAGUCAUUUGCCAAACGGCCUCUGAUAGGACACUUAUCAUAGGACUGAUUGUUGUAUAAAUAGAGAGAGUUUUUCGCGAGGAACCCCAGACGGGUAUUUGGUGGAAUUACAGUCAUGCGUUAUUCGUUCGUGUUCCUCGCGGUUCUAUUCGCAUUCACCGCGGCUCAGCAAAAAUCUUACGAUGGAUACCAGGUGGUAACUAUCACUGUGGAUGAUCCUCAAAAGAUGGAUUUGCUGUUCCAGUGGCAGGAUCAUGGAAUUGACUUCUGGGAUAGUAUCAAUGCACUAGGCCGCCCAGUGCGAGUGAUGAUUCCUCCACAUCUUAAAGAAGAAUUCCCUGUUUUCCUCGCUGAGAAUGGCAUUCCUUAUGAGCUAUCUAUUCCCAACGUAGAAACUGUCUUCGCGCAGGAAAGACGUGUACAGAUGGAGAGACGUGCACGAGCCAUGAUGAAUCGCCGUCUUACUGGUAGAUCUACUGCAGACUUCUCAUACUACUGGCAACCUGAUGAGAUCAGUGACUACAUGCGUCAAUUGGCCGCUGAUUACCCAAAUUUAAUUACUGUUGAGAAUGCCGGCGACAGUUAUGAAGGUCGUGAAAUUCUCGUCGUCAGGAUCUCUAACACAAACUUUGAUGGUACCAAGCCCAAGAUCUUUAUCGAUGCUGGAAUCCAUGCGCGUGAAUGGAUUGCACCAAUGGCAGCUGUUUAUCUUAUUCAUGAACUUGUGUCACAUUCCUAUGAGCAUGCUGACUUCUUGGAAUGUGAUUGGAUCAUUAUUCCAAUUGCUAAUCCAGACGGUUACCAAUUUUCACAUGAUGUCAAUCGUAUGUGGAGAAAAACACGUUCUAUCAAUACAGGAAGCACUUGCAUUGGAACUGAUCCGAAUAGGAAUUACCGAUAUCGUUGGGGAUUCGCUGGAGUCAGUACUAAUCCUUGUUCUGACAUUUUCAUGGGUCCUGCACCACACUCUGAGAGAGAAGUUCAAGUUGUUUCCAGUGAGCUGACCCGGGAAGCUGCUGGAGUGAGACUCUAUCUUAGUUUCCAUUCAUUUGGAGACUGGUUGAUCUACCCAUGGGGCUACGAUCGCAUUUACCAUCCCAACUAUGAACAGCUCGAUGAAGUUGGUGGUCUUGCGUCUGAUGCAAUCUACAAUGCUCAUGGACGUCGCUAUACUGUUGGAAAUUCUGCCAUUCUUCUUUACCCGGCUGCUGGAGCCAGUGAUGACUAUGCAGCUGCUGAACAUCACAUCGAUCUUUCCUACACAGUUGAAUUAACUGGCGGUGGAUCAACUGGUUUCGAUCUACCUCCGCAUAUGAUCAUCCCUGUUUCUGGAGAAAUCUUCACUGGCCUGCGUGCUUAUGCACGAUACAUUGCGGAUAAUUAUUCAUAAAGGAAUAAAAUAACUCAUGAUUUGAGUUUAACACGAAAA